UACAGUCAGCUGACCGCCCACGUGACUUUUGCGGAAGUAAGACCGUCGACAACAUGAGUGCAUGUUGAGUAGAUGUUUGGCAACAAUGACGCGCUGCUUCACUUUGUUGCUUCUCGUCUCCGGAUGUGUGACCAGACUCCCGUGUGUUCUGGGUUCGAGCGGGGCAGAGCGAGACCUCAGCGCCGCGCAGGGAGCACCGAGCUGCGGCUGCGAGAACCUGAGGAGAGCCGCCGCUGCUGUGGAGCCUGUGGAGGAGAGGACAUCUUCGCCAGCUGACAAGUACUCCAGAGGAGCCAAUGAGGAGCCGUCUGAGGCUCGGGGACACGAGAGGGACACGCUGAGUCAGAUGGUGCGGAUUUCUGGAGGAGAAUUCCUGAUGGGAACAGACGACCCGGGCAUCCCUGCAGAUGGAGAGAGCCCUCAGAGGCGGGUGCACGUGGAUUCCUUCUACAUGGAGAUCCAGGAAGUCACCAGCAGGCAGUUCCAGAGCUUUGUCGGUGCCACAGGAUAUGUCACUGAGGCUGAAAAAUUUGGAGACUCAUUUGUAUUUGAGGGACUUUUGAGUGAGACAGUCAAAAACCAGAUUACCCAAGCAGUUGCUGCUGCCCCCUGGUGGCUUCCAGUCAAAGGUGCCAACUGGAGGCAUCCUGAGGGUCAAGACUCAAACAUCACUGACAGACUGGACCAUCCAGUUCUACAUGUGUCCUGGGCAGAUGCUGGUGCCUACUGCUCCUGGGCAAACAGGAGACUCCCUACAGAGGCAGAAUGGGAGUACGCCUGCAGGGGCGGCCUGAAAGACAGACUUUAUCCAUGGGGAAACAAGUUGACUCCAAAAGGACAACACUACGCCAACCUGUGGCAGGGGGAUUUUCCCAACCAUAACUCUGGAGAGGAUGGAUAUGUCACAACUUCACCAGUGAUGUCCUUUCCUGCCAAUGGCUUUGGUCUGUAUGACAUGGUGGGGAAUGCAUGGGAGUGGACAUCAGACUGGUGGACUGUGCACCAUACCACAGACCAGCAACACAACCCAAACGGCCCUCCAUCAGGCACAGACAAGGUGAAGAAGGGAGGAUCAUAUAUGUGCCACAAGUCUUACUGUUACAGAUACAGAUGUGCAGCCCGCAGCCAGAACAGUCCCGACAGCUCGGCCUCUAAUCUCGGGUUUCGCUGUGUCUCUGAGGAGCGACAGUGACCUGACCUGUUUGUCUUGAACACACAGUCCCUUAUUCCAUCUGCUCUCUAACCCCAGUGUUGGAAGUAAAGUCCAUGAAAGCAGUAUUUGUAUUUCAAUAGUGAGGCUAUUUAUCAGGAGAUGAUUUCAAAGAAAAAAGGAAGACAGGGCCUCAAACAGUUUGCAGUGGAGAAUGUCCUACAGGCUUUUUAUUUUCUUUUAACCAUAUUCUUUUUUUGUAAUUGAAUGUAAAACAUUGAUGGUUUGUAGUUUCCUAGCACAAGUAGCACUCCAGUCAUUGUUUUAUGCUUGUGUGGUUUGAAUAACUUUUCAAUAGCCAAGAUCAGUGAGGUCCUGUAAAUGUGAAAAUAAGUUUUAUCAGUUGUCAUUAUCAGCAAAGACCUGGUUGGAAUAAAGGCUGAAAUUGAUUUCUUUAUGUAUAAUGACUCUGACAUUGUUGUAAAAUUGAUGUAAAAUAUUUUUGUAUAAUGUUUUUGGAAACAUAGAUAAAUUUGUGACAAAUGGAA